AUUAUAAUCGGCUACAGUGACACUACUCUCACUCUCAAGCAUCAGGGUCUUGAUUUCAGAGACAUGAUCUCCUGUCUAAGUGAAGAUGAACGCUAUUUUAUUUUUUUAAGAAUGCUUACUGGAGAUGAGAUGAGCAAGCGAACUAAAUUUGCCUUUAUUACGUGGUGUGGAAACAAUGUACCUGCAAUGCGGCGUGCUCGCUUAGCAACUGACAAAUCCCUUGUAAAAGAUGUAGUCCAGAAAUGGAGGAAAGUUUCAAGCAUCACUGACAACUAUCCUUGA